AUGCCAUUGAAUAUUCCGGGGUUGCUGGUGCCCUUUCAACUCGUUCUAUACCCUCGUCUUGUUCUGCCUAGUAUCGCUGUUAAAGAUAUCCGGCAUAUUGAUUUUCAUAAACUUAGGCGAGCGGGAUACCGAGGCAUCGUAUUUGACAAGGACAACUGCCUUACCCUUCCGCACAAGGACUUUCUUGUUCCUGAACUUACGGAAGCAUGGAAAGAGUGCCGAGAAGCGUUCGGUGACAGACAUGUUCUCAUAGUGAGCAAUUCGGCUGGAACAUGGUUGGAUGCAGGGGGAAUACAGGCGGAAUCAGUAUCCCACCACCUCCAAGCUCCCGUCCUUCACCACAAAACAUUCAAGCCUGCCUACUCGUGCAUAUCAGCCAUCCGAACCUACUUCUUGUCCCUUUCAUUUGCUAUCAGGGAUGAGGAGCUGGUUAUUGUAGGCGACAGGAUAUUUACGGACGUGGUCAUGGCGAACCGCAUGCGCAAAAGCUGCGAAUCUAGCUCCAAAGGAAUACUAGGAACCACCUUAUCGUGCGCAUUCGAGAAGAGCGGCACAGUCGCAACAGAAAAGGGGGCUUCACAUGUCAACGACUUCCAUCCUGCGGGACCGUUGGCGAUUUGGACGACUGGCGUGUGGGAGAAAGAAUCAAUGGUCAUGCGUUGGUUCGAGCGCAGUUUAGUUAAAACUGUAGAGCGCUGGUCAGGACGACCGCAGAUAGAGCCGAAAGAAGUCCAUCAGUUUGUGAAAUCGGUUCCAAAACCCGUGCCUUCAAGAGCCCCUUGGUUCUCUGGGUUCUCUGAUCUGCUCACACAGCUGAGACGAGGGUAA